CACUUCAUACACUUUGCAUCAGAUUUGAUCGUUUCAAUUAUUCAGUUACAUAUUGACAAGCAUCAAUUUGCCAUUGCUUUUGCAAUCAGUUUGGUACAGUGUUUUUGAUCAAUAUUUCAUCGUGGUGGUUGCGGUUUCAUUAUUUCUAUUUCAAUGUUCUAACUACUUGACUUAUUUUUUUUAGUGAUAAAGUGACUGUUUUUCAUCAAUUCGCUAUUUGUUUGUGUUCUUUCAGAUAAAUAUUUGGUCAAAAUGUAUAAAGUCGUAUUGUUGGCAACGCUUAUGUUCUUGUGUGUGAAUGGUAUCGAUUAUGAUACAUGUCCCCAAAUGGAACCAAUGUCCUUAUUCGACAUGGAUAAGUUUAGCGGCGUUUGGUAUGGUGUUCAAUCUGAAAACAAUAUUCCCGCUUGCGAGAUCUUCAAAAUCACCCAUAGUGGAGAGCCUUUCACUUACACCAUGACUACGGAAACCAGACUUAACACUACCGAUCAUAAAUAUCGAACCAAAUACACAGAAACGUUAACCGUGCCCGAUUUGGAUUUUCUUUCAAAAAUGAGCGUUUCACCAUUGCCUCGAGUGUCGGAAAUUUUGUCGUUGCGACUAACUCAUAUGGUUGAGUCGAAUUUCACAGUUGUAAAUACGGAUUACGAGACAUUUGCCUUGGUGUAUAGAUGCGAUGGACACGUAUACUAUUCCAUAAAUGAGAAUAAAAACCUCGAAGACUGUUCUCGUCAUGCAUUCAUUUGGUCCCGAACACCCGCUCUCAGCGAAUCGUUCAUGCGAAAGAUUAAGAAAAUCAUUGACAAUCAACCGUUGGAAUCUCUUUUGUACAAUUUGAGCGAGAUUAAAGGCCGCACUGGCUGUGUUCCAGAUUCUGUUCAACCAUAAGGAUGGUGAAAUUCAAAAUUUUGAAUGCUGAACUGUUGACCAACGAUAACAUCAAACAAUUGACACCCAUAGAAUGAAAUAACAACUUAUCAGCUCUUUACCCAUAACUGAGGCGGGAAAAAACUUAGAGCAAAAAAGAGAUAAAUAAAGUUGCGAGCAAAAGUGACACAACUCAGCAUUGAGCGGAAAAGAUGUUUUUUACAUUUUUCUCGCUACAGGAAAAAGAUAGCGAAUAGGUGUCUUCGGCUUAUUUGUAGUUCUUUUUACAAUAAUGCCGGAGACACCUAGUCGCUUUCUCUUUCCAGUGGCGAGAAAAAUGUAAAAAACAUCUUUUCCGCUCAAUGCUGAGUUGUGUCACUUUUGCUCGCAACUUUAUUUGUCUCUUUUUUGCUCAAAGUUUUUUUCCGUCUCAGUUAUGAAUAAAGAGCUCAUAAAAUGUUCUUAUGUUCUAUGAGUGUCAAUUCUAUGUGAUUGCCCUCGUUUUUAUCAUAUUUUUCAUUCCCUAUUGUUCAAUCAAGUGAAAUCAAAAUGUAAUUUAAAAAGUAAAAGUGAAUUAUUUACUGCACAUAUUUUAUUUAUUGCGAAUAAAUAGUGAAACAAAAGUAA